AUGAAGAAUAUUAUUUGUAUUGGUUGUGGAAUAGUUGGUUAUGCAACGUGUUUAUCCUUAUCAUCAUUAGGUCAUUCAAUGGUUGGAAUUGAUACAUGUAUGAUUGCUCGAAAUCGAAUGAUUAAUAUGAAUUUUUCUUGUUUUUCUCCUGAUGAAGUUAUGUUUGAAGAAAAAAUGAAUGAUAUAUUGGUUGAUGUUAUACUUAUUGCACUUCCAACACCAUUUUGUUCAUUGACAAAUACACUUUCAGAUGAAUCUAUAAUGUUAUCAAUUGGAUUAAUUUCAUAUUUAAUAAAGAAAAAAAAAGAUGAUAAUCCAGUAAUGAUCAUUCUUCAAUCGACUGUAUCAGUGGGUACAAGUAGAAAAUUAUUUAAUGGUUUAAAAUUAUUUAAUACAGAUGAUAAUUGUAAUUAUCAUUUAUUUUAUCAUCCAGAAUUUCUUCGUGCUGAAAAAUCUCAAUAUGAUGCUUUACAUCCUAUUAAACAAAUCUUUGGUUUGACUGAUGGAAAACCGAAAAUGGAUUUAUCAUAUUAUGAAAAUAUUCUUGAAGAAAUUUUUUCUCCAAUUGGAUCCUUUCGAUCGUCAAUAACAAUGAUGUCAUCAAGUGAAGAAGCUGAAUUUUUGAAAUUAGUACAUAAUUUUAGUAAUGCAAUGAGAAUAUCAUUUUCAAAUUGUUGUGCUCAUUUAGCAUCUUUACUUUCAUCGAAAUUAGAUAAAGAAAUUGAUGCAUCACGAGUAUUAUCAGUUGUAAGUGAAACAGCAGAAUCAUUUUAUAAUAAUAAAUAUGGAAUAAAACCUGGAUAUCCAUAUUCUGGUGCUUGUUUACCAAAAGAUAUCCAAUGUUUUAUGAAUAUAACUGAACAAUAUCCUUAUCGACAAUUCCUUGAAUCAGUUCAUCUUAUUAAUGAGCAAGAAAAAAAUAAAUAA